CACGUGGUUCUGUGAUACUAAUAAACAAGACGAAAGAAAUACGUAAGAAGGAAAACCCUAAUGCCUGGACAAUCUAUGAGGAUGACAAGAGAGACUUAAAAUCGAUAAUGAGAGAAGUAGUUCUUAGACCAGUUGUGAUGCUCUUCACUGAACCAAUAGUCUUAUUUUUCAGCUUAUACGAUGGGCUAAACUAUGGUUUAAUUUAUUUGUUUAUAGAAUCUAUGCCGCUAGUUUUUGCCCAAUUCGGCAUCGAGGCACCAAACAAUUCGCUCUUAUAUUUGUCAAUCCUGCUUGGAAACUUCUUAGCAGUGCCAUGCUACCAUUUUCAACUAAAAGCACAGAAUUAUUACACUAAAAAGCACGGCUCGUACACCCCAGAGAUAAAACUCUUGUGGGGUUUCGUAGGUGCCAUCUUUUUUCCCUUGUCGUUAUAUUGGUACGCUUUCACUGGUCGUCCAGAGUAUAAUUAUUGGUUACCCACAGUUGGAGUUGGAGUAUUCGGAUUUGCUUCACAUGUUCUCUUCAUUUUUGUCAGCGACUACACUAUUGACUCAUACGCAAGUCUUGCUAGCUCUGCCGUUACUGGACAGUCAUUAUGUAGAGAAAUCAUAGCCGCUACGUGUGCACUAGUGACCCAUCUAUUUUAUACGCAUGUGGAUUAUCCAAUUGCAAGUAUCAUUUUAGCUGCGAUUGCAACCAUUUCUAUGGUUCUACCUCCGAUUUUCUACUUCUAUGGACCUAGAAUUAGAGCAGCUAGUAGAUACUCCCUUGAAUUAAAGAGAUUAGCAGAGGAAGACCGUAAGAGGGAGGAAUGGAUAACGGAACGUUCAGCAAAGUUAACCAAGAUUAAACAUAGAGUUUGAACCGCAUUCAUGUAAAAUUGAGGAAUGAUGUUGUACGCUAACCUAUUGUAAUUAUAAUUGAAUAUCAUCAUCAAUCAAUAGCCUAAUAAACGACCAUUGAUACAAGUUAAAUACUUAAUUUCUAAGACCUACCAUGCACUGUAUGCUUAUGAUUUUUUGAUAAAGCAAAUUACUGGAACUUAUUAUAAUAAAAGAAAGUAACUAUCGAUUUAACUACCAAAAAAUUUUCUGAUAGUGCGUGAGACAAACUGAGUCUUGUUCGUGACAUCAUGUUAUUUAGUGCGAGUUUGAUUUCGCUAAAAAUCUUCAUAAAUAUUCAUAUGUCCUCCGAUCCAUUAAUAUAUUUCAAGUACAGCGAUGAAAUCUUCUUUGGAGGAGGUACUAGAUAGCCCGAAAGAUGAAACAUUCUACUACAAUACAGAUGAAUUUAAGCCGGCCAACCCAAGUGAUACUUUCACGUCUAACGGUAAAUCCGAAGAGGAUCUAGUACUCUUCGAAGUAGGAGAUCCCUUAAAUCCAUUUAACUACAAUAGUACCAAAAAGUGGUUUAUUUUUACUGUUAUUUCAAUCAACACUUGGUGGUUAAUUUCUGGUAGUACGAUUUUUGCCCCUGCAACUCCAAUAAUACAGGAAGAAUUUGGUACAAGUUCGAUAGCUAUGAAAGUUCCGAUAGCUAUGUAUCUCGUUGGAAGUGCAUUUGGUCCGGUUCUUCUAAUUUCUUUGAGUGAAGAUUACGGUCGAAAAAUUGUCGCAAUCCCUUCGUUAAUUCUUUGUUAUAUCUUCUUCAUACCACAGGCUUUGGCUCAAAACGUUGAAACUAUCGCAGUAUGUAGGUUUUUGUCUGGUUUCUUUGGUUCGGUUUUGUUGAAUUAUGCUUCUGGAAUUCCUGAUUUAUGGCGUGAUGAAACCGCUGGGCUAUGGGGAGUAAAUCUUUGGUCAUUCAGCUGUGAAGCGAUUAUGUUAGGCUCCAUUAUUGGGGCAUAUACCCUCGAAAACCUUGGAUGGAGAUGGAAUCUUUGGAUUCAAAUUAUCAUUGGUGUACCACUUGCAUUAGUUUACGCGAAAUUCGUACCAGAGACACGUGGUUCUGUGAUAUUAAUAAACAAAACGAAAGAAAUACGUAAAAAAGAGAACCCUAAUGCUUGGACCAUCUAUGAGGGUGAUAAGAGAGAUCUCAGAACUCUACUCAGAGAGGUGGUUUUCAGACCAAUAGCAAUGUUGUUCACUGAACCUAUUAUUUUCUUCUUCAGCUUAUACGACGGUCUUAAUUAUGGUCUGAUUUACUUGCUGAUAGAAUCUAUGCCGUUAGUUUUCGAGCAAUUUGGUAUUGAGGCACCAAACAAUUCACUUCUAUAUUUAUCAAUUUUAACAGGAAAUUUCUUAGCAUUGCCCUGUUAUCAAUUUCAAUUGAAAGCACAGGAUUAUUACACUAGAAAGCAUGGCGCAUAUACACCAGAGAUGAAGCUAAUGUGGGGUUUCGUGGGCGCCGUAUGCUUCCCCCUAUCACUAUACUGGUACGCCUUUACUGGUCGACCGGAAUACAACUAUUGGUUACCAUUGAUUGGUGUUGGAAUUUUCGGAUUCGCUUCUCAUAUACUAUUCAUGUGAGUGCGACAACCCUUCUGAUAGAAAAUAACUGACAAGUCUAUAGAUUCGUUAGUGAUUACACCAUUGAAUCAUAUGCUAGUCUUGCUAGCUCUGCUGUAACUGGGCAGUCAUUCUGUCGCGAGAUCGUAGCGGCUAUGUGUGCAUUGAUCACCCAUCGUUUCUACACAAGUGUAGAUUAUCCAAUCGCAACUGUAAUAUUAGCGGCUAUGGCAACAGCAUCGAUGCUUAUACCACCUAUUUUUUAUAUUUAUGGACCUAGAAUUAGAGCCGCU